AGGUUAGAAAUGAGCAUAAGAUAACAUCGGGGCAUUAAUAGCAAUAAAAUAAAAUGAUCUGGAGGGCCGGAUGGAAUUACCCAGUGGGCUGGUUUUGUUUCAUACACUCAUAUGGCAAUCAAAAUCAAAUUUUUAAAACACCAUCAAGUGAACACUUACUCAAAUUCUAAAAAAAAAAAAUUGAUUUACUGUGACCUCAUUUAAGAGGAACACAAAUAAAACUAUUUUGUCUUCCUUUUAUUUUUGAAUAGUGGUUUGUUUCGGGCUUGUAGGAAGAGUAGUUAUUAUUCCUGGGAUGAAAAUAUGUAUUUUAUCAAACAAAAAUGAUUGGAAUACUUUUCCCCCCACAAACUGUUCCUAUUGACUUGAUGCAUCUCUAAAAGACAUUUUACAAUUACAAUUAAAGUGGUGAAAUAAUUACAAAAUGGGCAAAUUAAUUGCACGUUUAAAAGUUUUAUUUUUAAGUUGAAUAUUACCCUCAUUUUUGCAACAUUAUGUAUAUUUUCUUACAGAUUUACAGAAAAAUACACUAAAUAUCAAUGUUUCUGAAUUCCAGGAAGACAGACAGUUUUUUUUCCUCAUUUUGUUGACAAAGUUUUUUCUUUUUUUUUUUUUUUUUGUGGCCAAGCCAGACUCAGAUUAACACUAAUGCAGACAGGUAAGCUCUCACCUGGGCUGUUAGGUCAGUUUUAGUCUGAAAGGGGAGGAGAAACACAUGUGACUGUUUCAGGUGAGUUACUUGAGCAGGAAGAGGAGCUGUCAGUGUUCUGACUCCCACAGAGUGUCUAUGUGCUCCUUUCUCCUCCUGCAGUCAUGUUUCCCUCUGACCAGUUCGACUUUUGCUGUUGCUUCUCUCAGAUCUCAUCAUCCGGCUGCCCCCGCUGCAUUACCGAGGCAAUGUUCCGGCGCAGGAAGAAGAAACACCGGGUGGAGAUAUCAUCCCCCAAGGACUUCCAGCAUUGCUUUCACACGUCGUUUGAUGCCGCCACAGGGCGCUACGUGGGUCUGCCGCUGCAGUGGCAGAGCAUCAUCGACAACCUGAAGAGGCCACGCCCCCUGGUGGACCCCUCCAUGAUCACAAACAUUGAACUUGGACCCAGAAAGAGAAUAGUCCGUGGCAGCUUCAUCGGCCAUGGCGACUACAUAAGUCACAUGAUCUCCGAAAUGAGCCGCCUGUCCGUCACCAACUCCAACUCCCUGCGACGCAGUAGCCCCUCGGCACGGAAACGAGCGCAGUCGAUGGGCCGCCUGUCUGAAAUGCCGGAGGAUGAGCUGUACCUUUACAAAGAGACUAGUCGCCGGAGCAACAGCGUGAAGACCAGCGAGAGCCCCACGUACUGGCAGGACAGGAUUCGCCAAGUACGCAGUGAGAGUGGUAGCCCCAGACUGAAUGGAGCACUACUGAAAUCUAAAUCCACCUACCAGGUUGGCUCCAUCUCUGAAGCCACACCCCUCUCACCUCAGCAGACUGAUGGCGUGGCUGAGCAGUAUGCUCACAGGGAGGUGGCAGGGUGUAGACAAAGGCCGAACUCCUGUUUGUACGGCACACAGGCGUUAGAGGCCAACAAUGUUCACCUGAGAUCAAAAACUGGAGAGAAUCAGCUGCCAGACCUCCUAUCGUCUUCUACAAAAACCCCAAGAAGACCCCAUUCUUCCUAUGACUUUAAGAUGCCCUCCCAAUCGCCUCACCCUCUGCUGCCUGAGGCAAACAGCAUGAGUAGUCCCCCACAGCCCCGCUUCUCUGCUUCCAGCCCGCCACCAUGUCUUGCCUCGUCCACCCCAAAUAAAAGACCUGAAGAAGGUUCUCAAAGGGUUACACAUGAGCAGUUCAAGGCAGCAUUACAGAUGGUGGUGGACCCUGGCGACCCGCGGUUAGGUCUGGAAAGCUUUGUGAAAAUUGGCGAGGGGUCCACUGGGGUGGUGUGCAUUGCCCGGGAAAGGCAGAGUGGACGGCAGGUGGCGGUGAAGAUGAUGGAUCUGAGAAAGCAGCAGCGCAGAGAGCUGCUCUUCAAUGAGGUAGUAAUCAUGAGAGACUACCGACACCCGAAUGUGGUGGACAUGUUCCGCAGCGCGUUGGUGGAGGAAGAGCUUUGGGUCAUCAUGGAAUACUUGCAGGGCGGUGCUCUAACUCAGAUCAUCAGUGAGACAAGGUUGAAUGAGGAACAGAUAGCAACAGUUUGUGAGGGCGUUCUGCAGGCUCUGUCUUACCUCCACUCUGAGGGGGUUAUCCACAGAGACAUCAAGAGUGACUCCAUUCUUCUCACACUGGAUGGAAGGGUAAAGAUCUCAGACUUUGGCUUUUGCGCUCAGAUAAACACAGACAUACCCAAGAGGAAGUCUCUGGUUGGGACUCCAUACUGGAUGGCUCCAGAAGUGAUAUCUAAAAUUAUGUAUGGUACAGAGGUGGAUAUCUGGUCUCUAGGCAUCAUGGUGGUGGAAAUGGUGGAUGGGGAGCCACCAUACUUCAGUGACACGCCCAUCAUUGCCAUGAAGAAACUGAGAGAUGAGGCAGCGCCAAGCGUCAAAAACUUUCACAAGGUGUCGCCGGUGCUGAAGGAUUUCCUGGACUGCAUGUUAACUCGUGAUACUCUGAAGCGGAGCAGCGCCAACGACUUGCUUGAGCACCCAUUCCUGCUGCAGUCCGGUCCGCCCAGAGUCUUGGUGCCCCUAGUGGAGCAGUGCCGUAAACGAAUGUCACUCUGCAGCGCAUAAAAGCACAAUGGACUCCAAUCUGGAUUAUAACUGAGAUCCUUCCUGGGACUUAUCUGGUUUAAUUGUUAUGAUUCGUUCAAAAACUAGCUAAAAGUAACCUGGGAUUCUCCCAGAAAACAAUGAUCCGAGUAAAGGGAGAACAUCUGUGACGGCCACCUGGGUUUAAGCUGAGUUCUCAAGUGAUCACUUCCAAUGAAAAGACUAUGUAAACAUGUGUAAACAAGCGUUUCAGGCUUCUGCGUUUAAAAUUCUCGGGUUCACGUGUAGAUAUGCAAAUUUCCACAACCAUUUCCUCAACUGCAUUUAGGAUGUCCUUGAAUGCGCGUCACAAACAGGUGUGGUCAUUUCUUUACAUGAGUUUGUUCUUGAACAUAUUCUAAACUUCGUGCUUAGAAAGGCUAGGAAAGUUGAGACAGUUGGGGUUAAAGCCAUUCAUUGCGCUGUUAACUUUGACUUUCUGCAGAACGAUUUAUUUAACUUGAAGCACCUGGUAUUAUCUAUAAACACACCUGUUACUUGGGAGAUAAAAGGAAGAAAUACAAGAUUAAAGUCAACAUGUUUACUUGUACUGCACUCUUGAGCUCUAACCUUUGACCUCCUGUUAUAUAUUAUAAACUGUAACAUUAUGGAUCUAAAUGUUAGAGCUUUUUUUAUUGAAAUUAAUAAUAUGAACAAUACAAAGCAUAUUAUCGUAAAAUCAUCCAUGUCUUUUUAAUAGACUUAGGGUAAAAUCACAAAAGAAAAAACCCAAAAUGACUUUAAAAAAUUCCGUCGGCUCACAUAUUUUUUUAUUAGCAGAUAUAGAUCCUUAAUUAUGAAGAUUUUCUUUUUUAAAGUUUUGCUAAUCAUUCACCUGAGUAUCAGUAUUAAAAACAUUGACAGACUAAUUUUAACAAAUGCACAUUAUUGUAUGAUAUUCUAUUUAACAGAAAGAACUAAAUCUAGUAUAAAACAAUUUUUAGUCCGAAUGUGUUAAGUUCGUUGUCUGAGGGACUGACCUCCCAUUUACUUCAGUGGUUACUAUAUAUAUAUAUUCCUUUUUUGGCUUCCAUCAUGAGAUGAUUUUGUUUAAUUUGUUUGAACAAGAUUUUUUUUGUAAACUUUAAUGUUUUUUUGUUGUUGUUUGUUUUGUUUUUGUUUGUUUGUUUUUUUUACAUCUAAUGUUAUUCUUUACAAACUGAAACAUGGUAAAUGUCCAACGAAUGAUUGUCUCUUAUUGUGGACCUUAACGUCAUUCAAAAUGUUUCUGUAAAAAAUGCAAAUAAAUAUUUAAUAAUUUUGAAA